CCACAUAACGUUCAACUCCGCCGCGGGAACAAGCAAACGACUGAACGAACACGAACUGCAGGAACACAAAAGUUUGACGCCUUCUAACCUUUACGCACUGAAGCGAAAUAGACAAUAGUUAGUUGACAGAAAGAGACAAAGAAAGGGAAAGAGUAAGAACAUAAAGUGAAAGACCAUCAAGACGUGCGGCGUUAGUGCGUUGAUGCGUUGUCAUUAGAAAACAAUAGUGUGUUAGUGUUUGAAGGGCCUGGUGUCCUGUCCCGCCUCACCCUCCGCUACCAUGUUGCUAAAGGCACUGUCAGAGGUCAAGGUGAAGGUUGAAAUAAAGCCUGUAGUGGAUAACCUGGUGUUCAGACUUCACUACCGCUACACCUACAUAUUCUUCCUCGCCGCCACGCUCCUCACCACGCUCUACGAUGCCAUAGGUGACCAGAUCGACUGCCUCACAGACGUGGACUCCGACUCAUUCAAUGACGUGGUGAACAGCUACUGCUUCAUCAUGGGCACCUUCACCGUGGACCGCCUGCACGGCCUCCAGGUGGGCCAGCAGGUGCCGCACCCCGGGGUGGGGCCUCCGGAGGUCCAGGACUCCAUUACCUACCACACCUACUACCAGUGGGUGCCCUUCGUCCUCUUCGUGCAGGGCGUGAUGUUCUACGUGCCCCACUGGCUCUGGAAGAUAUCGGAGGGCGGCCUGUUCAAGCACAUCAUCCAGGACCUCUCCAUCAGGGACUACCUCGGCGAGAACCUCGGGAAGUACUUCAAGAAGGACGAGAGGUUCAGGGCGCUAGCCAAGUACUUGAAGCGCACCAUGAACGGCCAUCGGACGUGGGCCUACAAGUUCUUCUUCUGCGAGCUGCUCAACCUGGGCGUGGUGGUGGCCACUCUUUUCUUCACUGACUGGUUCCUGGGUGGGGAGUUCCUCACCUACGGCACCAAAGUGUUCGCAGUGGCCGGUCUGGACCCCGAGAACCGCACGGACCCGAUGUCCUACGUGUUCCCGCGGAUGGCCAAGUGCACCUUCAAGAGUUUUGGGCCCUCGGGCACCAUCCAGGUCAGGGACAUGAUGUGCCUCAUCGCCACCAACAUCAUCAACGAGAAGAUCUACCUGUUCCUGUGGGUGUGGCUGGUGCUGCUCACCGCCCUCACCUCCCUCUGGAUGGUCUACAGACUCCUCACCAUCCUGCUGCCACCCUUCAGGAAACAGCUGCUGAAGCUCCGCGUGGACAAAUCAGUGUGGGACUUGCUGGAGGAGGUUCUUCGCGGCGCCUCUCUCAGUGACUGGUUGCUGCUGUACAGUCUCGGGAAAAACAUGGAACGCAGCGUCUUCUCCGAGUUCAUCAUCUUCCUGCACCACGAGCUGACAUUACUCCCCGUGCCAAGAGACCCGAAGGAGAAACUAAAGCAGCAGUUACUAGGGGAUGACUUCAUACACCCGGAGGAGCCAAAAGAGGAAGAGAGAUCCCAGUACGUGAGGGAGUAUACACAUAACCUAACCUCCAUCAUGUCUCUCGCGGCGCUGGGCAAGAUCAAGGUCAAGAUCGACGUAAAGCCAGCAGUGGAGAACUUAGUGUUUCGCCUUCACUACCGCUACAGCUACUACUUCUUCAUGGCCUCCGCGCUGCUCACCACGCUGUACAACAUUGUGGGCAAGAAGAUCGACUGCAUCUCCGGCGUGGGCUCCGACUCGUUCAAUGACGUGGUGAACAGCUACUGCUUCAUCAUGGGCACCUUCACCGUGGACCGCCUACACGGCCUCCAGGUGGGCCAGCAGGUGCCGCACCCCGGGGUGGGGCCUCCGGAAGCCCAGGACUCCAUCACCUACCACACCUACUACCAGUGGGUGCCCUUCGUCCUCUUCGUGCAGGGCGUGAUGUUCUACAUGCCCCACUGGUUCUGGAAGCGGUGGGAGGGAGGUCUGUUCAAGCAGAUCAUCCAGGACCUCUCCAUCAGGAACUACCUCGGCGCCAAUCUCAAGAACUACUUCAAUAGAAGAGACAUGAUCAAAACUUUGUCCAAGUAUGUAACGCGCACCAUGAACGGCCAUAAGAUGUGGGCGUACCGCUUCUUCUUCUGCGAGCUGCUCAACCUGGUCGUGGUGGUGGCCACUCUGUUCUUCACCGACUGGUUCUUGGGUGGGGAGUUUCUCACCUACGGCACCAAUGUGUUCGCAGUAGUCGGCCUGGACCCCGAGAACCGCACGGAUCCUAUGUCCUACGUGUUCCCGCGGAUGGCCAAGUGCACCUUCAAGAGUUUUGGGCCCUCGGGCACCAUCCAGGUCAGGGACAUGAUGUGCCUCAUCGCCACCAACAUCAUCAACGAGAAGAUCUACCUGUUCCUGUGGGUGUGGCUGGUGCUGCUCACCGCCAUCACCUGCCUCUGGAUGGUCUACAGACUCCUCACCAUCCUGCUGCCGCCCCUCAGACUCUAUCUCUUGAAGGUUCGCGUCUUACCGUCAGUCAGUGAUGAGGUGGAGACCAUCAUGCGCACAGCCUCCCUCAGUGAUUGGCUCCUCUUGAUCAACCUCUCUCGGAAUAUGGAGCGAAGUGUGUUUUCAGAGUUCAUACGGGAAUUCGCUACCCAUAACUCCCCUGCCACGGACCAGGAGCACGACACUGAAAAGUCGCCUCUCAAAUUCUGAUGGAAGGCAGGAUUUGUGCAUCAGCCUUGACACCUGGAGUAUUGUGGGAACGCUUUAGGGGCUUGUGAUAUUACUUGCAGGGUGUGUGUGUGUGUGUGUGUGUGAGAGAGAGAGAGAGAGAGAGAGAGAGAGAGAGAGAGAUUGGGAUGAGUGAGCAGGCAGACACACAGAAAGACAGAAAGAUAAUACCUAUGAAUUUCUUUCUGUUGUAAUAAAUAAUUGUCUUGCUUA